GAUGAAUAACACCUUAUUUUACAUUUUCGAUUUCAUGUCUGGAUUACUAAUCUCAUCCUCCUAAGUGUUAACAUUUGCCAUCUCUGGGUCACAAUACCAUCACAACAAAAAUGUACUCUAAUUUUGCAAUUGGAUUUAUUGCUUGACAUUUUAUCUAUUUACUAUUUUCAUGAGUCUGACCUCUAACUCCAAUUUGACCCUAGGCGUCACUGCAUUUAGUACUUUCAUAAUAUUGUAUUCCAUCCUAAAUUUUGCUUGCUUGUGGUUCCACAGAAGAUAAUAUCUGAUUGAUUUACAAUGA